AUGGCUCGUCAUCAAAUGAUUCCCGGAACCGAUAAAACUGAGUGCCAAACACCGAAACUCGCCCGCAAACGCCAGGCUCCCGAAGGCAGAGUUAAGCGAGUCAAGAGAGAGCAACAAGAACAACAACCGAAAUCCUACCGGAGGAGCGCGCGCCUAAGCAGAAAAACCGCCCCUGUAUCUCAGGACUCUCCCACCCACACCCACACCCAAACCCACGUCCGAGAACAGAAUACGAAGCCAAAUCACAAACGACCCUGUGAAGAUCAAGCCCCCCCCGUUCCAAAACGACUACGGUUGUCUAUCCAUAGCUCAGCUAACAACUGGAAGAAAGCUGACCUGAUUGGGUAUUGGUGCAAGGCCAUUCGCUGGCCCGAAGAAUAUUUUGAAGCCCAGCCUGGACAGACUGAAGAUAUGAGCCACGUUCUCGCGAGAAAAAAAUCAUCGGCUUCCCUUCGGCGCAAAAACUCGACGUCGAGUCUUGCUACAGGCUCCAACACACCCACUGAUCAAGAGUCAAGGGACGAAAAGAAUGCCAAAUACAGAAGCGCUACUUAUGAAACUCUCCUCGCUACUUAUGAAACUCUCCUCGCUACUAAAGGCAGCUUCAUGCGCAAGUCAGAGCUAGGAAUAACCGAUAAGAGCAAGCGGAUUUGUAAGGAUUUAGUGGAAACCGAUCAACCUGUUCCCAAACACACGCUAUUUCGAGACGAUACCUUUGACGAGUUUUGUCAAAGGCUACAAGGAAAGAAUGAGUCAAGAGUUAUCCAAGAUAUAUCCCGAUUAAUUAUACCUUCGGCAGAAUCUCUCGCCGUUGACGGGGCCAAGAAUCUUAAACACCUAGUUGAAAGCGUCAAUGAACAGUGGAGCUCCUCCAUUGCCUUCUGUGGACCGCGUCCGCAGCCGGAUUAUGCGGCCGGGUUCGGCCGUUCUGCGUUCACGGAAGACCAGCUGAAGAAAUUCGAACCGUUCCUCGGCUACGACCCGGAUACCUACAGCUCGUUCUUCCUGGCCACCUUCUACAUGUACUUCCCCUUCUUGACCAGUGAGGUGAAAGGCACCGCCGCGCUCGACAUCGCCGACCGGCAGAACGCACACAGCAUGACCCUUGCCGUGAGGGGCGUCAUUGAGCUGUUUAAACUUGUAGGACGCGAAGAUGAGGUCAAUCGCGAGAUCUUGGCUUUCUCGAUCUCACACGACAACAGGACAGUGAGAAUCUACGGCCAUUAUCCGGUCGUUGAGGGAAGCAAGACUUCCUUCUACCGUCACCCUAUCAGAACAUUUGACUUUACGGAACUGGACGGCAGAGAGAAGUGGACUGCUUACACUUUUACGAGGAACGUUUAUGACAAGUGGGCGCCGGAUCAUCUGAAAAGGAUCCACUCGGCUAUUGAUGCGAUCCCUCCUGGAGUAAAUUUUGAUGUUCCUCAGUCAGAACUUAGACUCUCUCAAUCAAACACCCCAUGCUUUUUGGAGGAUGACGGCCAACUAAGCCAGACAAGCUUUGUAGCCUCAGCAGAAGCUACACCCAAUACUUCCUUCACCCAACAGUCGCAUGUCUUGAAGCGGCCAAGGAGGCAGAAAUAA